AUGGCCGAUAAUGAGGUGGAUUUGGACUCGAUCAUCGACAGGCUCUUGGAGGUGAGGGGUAGCCGCCCUGGCAAGCAGGUUCAGCUGCUCGAGACAGAAAUCCGUUUCCUCUGCACCAAAGCUCGCGAGAUCUUCAUCUCUCAGCCCAUUCUUCUCGAACUCGAAGCGCCCAUCAAGAUUUGCGGUGAUAUCCACGGUCAAUACUAUGACCUCCUGCGUCUCUUCGAAUACGGCGGUUUCCCUCCCGAGGCCAACUACCUCUUCCUUGGUGACUACGUCGACCGUGGCAAGCAGUCUCUCGAGACCAUUUGCCUCCUCCUUGCGUACAAGAUCAAGUACCCCGAGAACUUCUUCAUUCUGCGUGGAAACCACGAGUGUGCCUCGAUCAACCGUAUCUACGGUUUCUACGAUGAGUGCAAGCGCCGAUACAACAUCAAGCUCUGGAAGACUUUCACCGACUGCUUCAACUGUCUUCCCAUUGCCGCCAUCAUUGACGAGAAGAUUUUCACCAUGCACGGUGGUUUGAGCCCCGACCUCAACUCCAUGGAGCAAAUCCGCCGUGUCAUGCGUCCCACCGAUAUUCCUGACUGCGGUCUCCUGUGCGAUCUCUUGUGGUCCGACCCCGAUAAGGAUAUCACCGGUUGGAGCGAAAACGACCGAGGUGUCUCAUUCACAUUCGGCCCCGAUGUGGUCUCGCGCUUCCUUCAAAAACACGAUAUGGACCUGAUCUGCCGUGCACACCAAGUUGUUGAGGAUGGAUACGAAUUCUUCUCCAAGCGCCAGUUGGUGACACUAUUCAGUGCGCCUAACUACUGUGGUGAAUUCGAUAAUGCCGGUGCAAUGAUGAGUGUAGAUGAGAGUCUGCUCUGUUCCUUCCAGAUCCUGAAACCAGCCGAGAAAAAGCAAAAGUACGUUUACGGUGGCAUGAGCGCCGGCGGUCCCGUCACUCCUCCGCGAAAGCAAAAGAAGAAAUAA